AUGGAGCGUUCAAAGCUGUUGGGUUUUGUGGUCUUGAUAUGCUUUACUAUUCCAACGAUAUCAUGUUCUUCGGACAGACUGUUUAGUGGUUGGCCGAAGUCUAGCAGCGAUGAAAAUGUAAAAAUAAGGGUGAAUAUGACGCGCAGAUCAGAGAGAGAGUUGGGUUUUUCUGAGAGAUUGGGUUUGGCUGUGUAUCGAAGUAAGAAGCGAAUGAAGAAGAUAGAGGCAUUGAUAAGAGGGCAAUUAGACGCUGAAACGCCCGUUGAAGUAGGGGAUGGAGAAUUUCUGAUGAGCGUUGCACUGGGAACGCCCUCUGUGAGCUUCGAAGCGAUUGUGGACACGGGGAGCGAUCUGAUUUGGACUCAGUGCAAGCCUUGCAAGGACUGCUUCUCUCAGCCUAGGCCAAUCUUCGACCCCUCCAAGUCCCCCACAUUUUCCACAAUUCCCUGCGGUGAUUCUCUUUGUGACGCCUUGGGGAGUACACAAACCGGAUGCAAUCCAGAUUGUACCUUUAUGUAUCAGUAUGGCGAUGGUUCCUUCACCAGCGGCGACCUGGCUUACGAGACAUUGUCAAUUGGGAGCAGCAAGGUUAAAGGCAUUGCAUUUGGAUGCGGGCAUGACAACGAAGGACAAGGAUUCUCUCAGGGUGGUGGCCUUGUGGGACUGGGAAGAGGUGGUCUCUCCCUUAUCUCACAGCUGGGUUCCAAAGCAGAGAACAUGUUCUCUUACUGUCUUUUGCCCAUCACCGACUCUUCUUCACAAACCAGCCCCCUCUUUUUCGGCGAGGUUGCUUCCUUGAGCGGAGGAGCCAAGACUCUCCCACUCAUCAAGAGCAGUAUCAUUCCCACUUUCUGCUACAUUCCUAUUACAGGAAUCACCCUCAAUGGUAAGGCACUAGAUAUUCCUCCUGGAACUUUCGAUCUGCAUAUAACACUUCUGCAGAUAUGUGUAAGUUCUAUUGAGAAAUAA